AUGAAGACGCUCCAGGCGUGCUCCCCAGGCUCCCUGGGGCCCCUGGUGCCCCUGGGGCCCCUGGUGCCCAUCCCAGACCCCCCCGGCCCCCCAGGCUCCCCGGGGCCCCAGGGCCGCCGCCACACCCUCCCCGCCAGCGAGUUCCGGCCGCUGAGCCCGGAGGACGCGGUGAGCGUGUUUGAGAUCGAGAGGGAAGCCUUCAUCUCAGUAUCCGGCCAGGUUCCCCUCCGGCUGGACGAGGUGCGUCACUUCCUGUCUGAGUGUCCGGAUCUUUCCCUGGGCUGGUUCCAGGAGGGGAGACUGGUGGCCUUCAUCAUCGGCUCGCUGUGGGACCAGGACCGCCUCACCCCGGACGCCCUGACCCUGCACCGGCCCCGCGGGGCCACCGUGCACAUCCACGUGCUGGCCGUGCACCGCGGCUGCCGCCAGCAGGGCAAGGGCCCGCUGCUGCUGCUGCGCUACCUGCAGACGCUGCGCGGCCGGCCCGCCGUGCGCCGCGCGCUGCUCAUGUGCCAGGACUUCCUGGUGCCCUUCUACCAGCGGGCCGGGUUCCGGGCCCGGGGCCCCAGCCAGGUCACCGUGGGGCCCCUGAGCUUCGUGGAGAUGAGCCUCUCCGUCCGGGGACACGCCUUCAUGCGCCGCAACAGCGGCUGCUGAUGGAGGGAACUCUGGGGUCUGAGGGCCGUCUGGGACGCCACGCCGGCCGCCGGGGCCCCGGGGGGCCCCUGGACUCCUGGGGGUCCCUGGAC